AUGACAUCUCAGACUUCUCAGACUUCUUAUCUCAUAGUGGGUUCAGGAAUUUUUGGUACAUCAACCGCUUAUCAUCUCUCACUUGCACAUCCUCAUUCAUCCAUAUCCCUCUUGGAUCGUUCAUCCCCCUUCCCAUCUUCCCUAGCUGCUUCUCAUGACUACAACAAAAUCAUCCGAGCCGAUUAUGAAGACAUAUUCUAUUGUGAGUUAGCGCUCAAAGCACGCGAACUGUGGAGAAAUGAUCCUUUGUAUAAGCCAUAUUAUCAUCAAUCUGGGUAUGUGAUCGUUGAUGAUACCGGUCUUGGACGAAGAAUCAUCGGCAAUUAUGAAAAAUUGGGUGUUUCCGAUCAUCAGGCGCGAAUUGUUGGACCGGACGAGCUAAAAACUAUGUAUGGUGGACUAUUUGAAGGAACAGAUUGGAAAGGCGUUAAAGAAGUCUUUAUGAACGAAGGAAGCGGAUGGGCAGAGGCCACGAAAGCUGUACAGAAGAUUGCCGAGAUGGCAAAGGCAAAUGGCGUGAAGUUCAUCGAGGGAGAUGUGGAGAAUAUUGUCUUGACAGUGGAUGGUGAUUGUAUUGGUGUAUUAACGAAGGAUGGCAGGACGUUCCGUGCAGAUAAAAUCAUACUAUCGACAGGCGCAGGUACAGCAAAGUUGCUUGCAGAUUCCGCUCCGCAGAUGCAUUAUAUUCUAGCUGAGGAUCGAAUUACUGCAGCUGCAGUUGUGGUUGGUCAUGUCAAGUUGAGUGAGACUGAGUAUGAAAAGAUCAAACAUACCCCGGUAUUUCACCACAUGGUCGGAGAAGUCUUAGGCGCAGUACUCCCUCCUACCUCAAAUGGCAUUCUCAAAUUCUGUGCAGAUAUCAGCCUCAAGAAUACCGCACUCCAUGAGUGCUCAGGGCAUAUGAUAUCGGCUCCACCCAAUGAAGCUGAUCAAGCGCAGCAUAAUGUUCCCAAGAUUCUUCGAGAGGAAUGUUAUCGAGUAAUGAAAGGUAUCUAUGGCAAGAUGGUUGAGGAAUUCGAAUUCGAUUCUUUCCGCAUGUGCUGGGAUGGUAUUACUCCCAACCAAGAUUUCAUAAUCUCGGCACAUCCACGCUGCCAAAGUUUGUACAUUGCUACUGGCGGUUCUUUCCAUGCCUGGAAGUUUUUACCAAUCAUUGGGGAUUAUGUUGUGAAGAUGCUUGACAAUGAACUGGAUGCUGAUUUUGCCAAAAGAUGGGCAUGGGAUCGUGAUCAAAAAGGGAGUGUACAUGAACAGUUUAUUCCUAAGCGAGAACUAAGAGAUUUGUCUUGA